AACAGACGCCGUAGGAUUGGAAUGCCUCUGUGUGAGAUUCACAACUCACCAAACAUUUUUUACAAUUGGGAUAUGUUACGGAUAUCUUUCUUUAAUGUUCCAAAAAUGUAUAACAAUCAUUUCCCGACGCUUCAAGAGACGGAGUUGUCUUUCCUUGGACUAGGAGAGUAAAAUCAGAGAGAGUGUUGUAGAAUGCUGCUAAGUCGGAGCUGCUUUCAACUAUUUAUUGAACUGCAGAAAUGCAUAUGGACCAGAAGGCUAGAUAGCAGGCUUGGUACCCUCCAAACUUCUGUUAUAUCGUUCGUUUGAACCGUGGACUAGUCCAACAUGGAACGUUAUAAUGUGAGUCCUGAAUCUCUGGAUGUUUGGACAAGCUAGCCAAGUUGGCUACAUUCUUGUCGCCCUGUGUAGCUAGCUAGCAAACUGUGAUUGUGUGCUGCUGGAACGUUAGGCUACAAAGCAAGACAUGUUAAGUGAAAAUACCUGCUUCUUUUUCAUACAGGCAGAUGAAACACUGAAGAUGAAUCCGCUAAUAGCACAAAGAAAUGUAAGGUCCGGGUGCCUCUUCAAUCCCUAACUUACCAGGAAGGUAGUCUACUCUUCAGUGCUGGAAGAUAGCCACUGUUAGCCAUAACUAUUGACAAGGGGAGAAGUAAAUGAUCAUUAUAAAUCGCCCACAUGCGCUGGAUCACUCGUCGGCUUGGGGAAAGGAAUCAGAAGGUGGUGGACGUGUUGAGCGCUAAACCCUUCCUGGCUGGAGGAAGAUGGCGCAGCCUUUCAAUUGGAAGUAGUGGUGAGAGGAGUGAAACUUCAUCGGGGCUCGUUGGAUUUACUAGACAUCUCGACCCUGAUCGGAGGACACAUGCAGGCCAAAAAACGGUACUUAAUUCUGUUCUCCGCCGGUGCGUGUCUCAUUCUGUUGUUGUACUUCGGAGGGGUGCAAGCCCCGCUGUCCAGAAGCAACAACCGGCGUGAUGACCGCAGCCUUCAUGGAUACCACGGGAGCACCCAGUGGCCCCACUUCUCGGGGUCCCUGCAGCCGUUCAGCCCCUGGGACCAAAUGGAGACCGAGGAGUACAACGUUCACAUAUCGCCACGACAGAAGAGGGAUGUUAUUUCGGGAGUUUAUAAAGGGAAACGUUGCCGGAUGGACUCCUGCUUUGAUUUUUCCUUGUGCAAAACCAACGGAUUUAAAGUUUACGUUUACCCGCAACAGAAAGGAGAGAAGAUGUCGGAGAGUUAUCAGAAUAUUUUAUCCUCCAUUGAGGCUUCCAGGUUCUAUACGUCUGACCCGGGACAGGCUUGUCUGUUCGUCCUGAGUUUGGACACUCUAGACAGGGACAUUCUGUCUCCACAGUAUGUUCACAACUUCAGAACUAAAGUCCAGAACUUGCAUAUGUGGAAUAACGGAAAGAAUCACCUCAUCUUCAACCUCUAUUCGGGGACUUGGCCCGACUACACGGAAGAUCUGGGCUUCGACUUUGGGGAGGCCAUGCUAGCCAAGGCAAGCGUCAGCACAGAGAACUUCAGACCCAAUUUCGAUGUCUCCAUCCCUCUUUUUGGGAGAGAGCACCCCAGGACCGGAGGGGAGAGGGGCUAUUUAAAAUACAACUCUAUCCCACCGUACAGGAAAUACAUGCUUGUGUUCAAGGGGAAACGAUACCUCACUGGAAUCGGAUCAGACACGAGGAAUGCAUUAUAUCACGUCCAUAACUCUGAGGACGUGGUGCUGCUCACCACAUGUAAACACGGGAAAGACUGGCAGAAGCACAAAGAUGCCCGCUGUGACCGCGACAACGCCGAAUAUGACAAACAUGAUUACAGAGAGAUGCUUCACAACUCUACCUUCUGUCUGGUUCCCAGAGGACGACGCCUGGGGUCCUUCCGCUUCCUGGAAGCACUGCAGGCUGCCUGUGUACCUGUGAUACUCAGUAACGGCUGGGAGAUGCCCUUCUCAGAGAUCAUCCACUGGAACACAGCAGCUGUGAUCGGGGACGAACGACUGCUACUGCAGAUUCCGUCUACGGUGCGUUCAAUUCACCAGGACAACAUCCUGUCUCUCAGACAGCAGACCCAGUUCCUGUGGGAGGCCUACUUCUCCUCUGUAGAGAGGAUAGUACUCACAACACUAGAGAUCAUCCAUGACCGGGUGCUCCAGCAUGCAGCCCGUAGUAACCUGAUGUGGAACAGUCUUCCUGGAGGUCUCUACUCCCUGCCUCAGUACUCCUCAUACCUGGGAGACUUCCCUUUCCACUAUGCCAAGCUAGGUAUCAAGCCUCGUCCCGAGUUCACGGCGAUCAUCCAUGCUGUGACUCCCCUGGUUUCCCAGUCUCAGCCCAUCCUCAAGCUACUGCUGGCUGUCGCCAAGUCCCAGUACUGUGUCCAGGUGAUAGUCCUAUGGAACUGUGACAAGCCCCUCCCGGCCAAACACCGCUGGCCUGCCACCUCUGUACCUGUCCUGGUCAUAGAUGGGGAGAGUAAGGUGAUGAGCAGUCGUUUCCUGCCCUAUGACACAAUACCAACAGACGCCGUUCUGAGUCUGGACGAGGAUACAGUUCUCUCUACUACUGAGGUGGACUUUGCUUUCACGGUGUGGCAGAGUUUCCCAGAGAGGAUUGUGGGAUACCCGGCCAGGAGUCAUUUCUGGGACAGCAACAAGGAGAGGUGGGGUUACACCUCCAAGUGGACCAAUGACUACUCUAUGGUCCUGACAGGAGCUGCUAUAUACCACAGAUAUUACCACUACCUGUACACCAGUUACCUGCCGGCUAGUCUGAGGGGCCUGGUGGACCAGCUGUCUAACUGUGAAGACAUCCUCAUGAACUUCCUGGUGUCAGCUGUCACCAAGCUGCCGCCCAUCAAGGUCACCCAGAAGAAACAGUACAAGGAGACUAUGAUGGUGCAGACCUCCAGAGCGUCUCGGUGGGCCGACCCAGACCACUUUGCCCAGCGACAGAGCUGCAUGAAUAAGUUUGCCAGCUGGUUUGGCAGUAUGCCUCUGGUGCACUCCAGUAUGCGCCUGGACCCGGUGUUGUUUAAAGACCAGGUGUCCAUACUGAGAAAGAAAUACAAGGACAUAGAGAGACUAUAACAGCCUGGUCCUCUCUGUCUCCAUGGAAGGACAGGAGUGUAGAGGGAUUGGAGACAUAUAGAGACCCUCCCAGAGAGAAGGGGAGGAACAGGGGGAGAAACGAGAGGAGGAGAGGACAGGGCUGUGGAGACAGGACGCCACGGUUGACCCUCCCAGAGAGAAGGGGAGGAACAGGGGGGAGAAACGAGAGGAGGAGAGGACAGGGCUGUGGAGGCAGGACGCCACGGUUGACCCUCCCAGAGAGAAGGGAGGAACAGGGGGUAGAAAGAGAGGAGGAGAGGACAGGGCUGUGGAGACAGGACGCCACGUUGACCCUCCCAGAGAGAAGGGAGGAACAGGGGGGAGAAACGAGAGGAGGAGAGGACAGGGCUGUGGAGACAGGACGCCACGGUUGACCCUCCCAGAGAGAAGGGGAGGAACAGGGGGAGAAACGAGAGGAGGAGAGGACAGGGCUGUGGAGACAGGACGCCACGGUUGACCCUCCCAGAGAGAAGGGAGGAACAGGGGGGAGAAACGAGAGGAGGACAGGGCUGUGGAGCCAGGACGCCACGCUUGACCCUCCCAGAGAGAAGGGGAGGAACAGGGGGUAGAAAGAGAGGAGGAGAGGACAGGGCUGUGGAGGCAGGACGCCACGUUGACCCUCCCAGAGAGAAGGGGAGGAACAGGGGGGAGAAACGAGAGGAGGAGAGGACAGGGCUGUGGAGCCAGGACGCCACGUUGACCCUCCCAGAGAGAAGGGGAGGAACAGGGGGGAGAAACGAGAGGAGGAGAGGACAGGGCUGUGGAGGCAGGACGCCACGGUUGACCCUCCCAGAGAGAAGGGGAGGAACAGGGGGGAGAAACGAGAGGAGGAGAGGACAGGGCUGUGGAGGCAGGACGCCACGCUUGACCCUCCCAGAGAGAAGGGGAGGAACAGGGGGGAGAAACGAGAGGAGGACAGGGCUGUGGAGCCAGGACGCCACGCUUGACCCUCCCAGAGAGAAGGGAGGAACAGGGGGGAGAAACGAGAGGAGGAGAGGACAGGGCUGUGGAGGCAGGACGCCACGCUUGACCCUCCCAGAGAGAAGGGGAGGAACAGGGGGGAGAAACGAGAGGAGGAGAGGACAGGGCUGUGGAGCCAGGACGCCACGCUUGACCCUCCCAGAGAGAAGGGGAGGAACAGGGGGGAGAAACGAGAGGAGGAGAGGACAGGGCUGUGGAGGCAGGACGCCACGGUUGACCCUCCCAGAGAGAAGGGGAGGAACAGGGGGGAGAAACGAGAGGAGGAGAGGACAGGGCUGUGGAGGCAGGACGCCACGUUGACCCUCCCAGAGAGAAGGGAGGAACAGGGGGGAGAAACGAGAGGAGGAGAGGACAGGGCUGUGGAGGCAGGACGCCACGUUGACCCUCCCAGAGAGAAGGGAGGAACAGGGGGGAGAAACGAGAGGAGGAGAGGACAGGGCUGUGGAGGCAGGACGCCACGUUGACCCUCCCAGAGAGAAGGGAAGGAACAGGGGGGAGAAACGAGAGGAGGAGAGGACAGGGCUGUGGAGGCAGGACGCCACGCUUGACCCUCCCAGAGAGAAGGGAGGAACAGGGGGGAGAAACGAGAGGAGGAGAGGACAGGGCUGUGGAGACAGGACGCCACGGUGGCGUCUUCCACCCACACUCUCCAUCCUUGUACGCUGUUGCUUGUGCUAACAGUGGUAACCGUGACAACCCCGGCUGUAUUUUGGUAGGAGCUGUACACAGACAGAAAACUAGUUCAUGCACAACUGACAACAUGGACGUCUGUGUGUGGGGGGGGGGGGGGGGGGGGCUUUGUUCUAGAACGUUCUACAUGACGAUGGACAGAGGAGAGUCCACGACUGCAGUCCUAACUACGGUCUACUGGUAGACUGUCUGUACAGACUGUGUUCGGUCUACCAGUGGUACACAUCUCUCCAACCUACUAAUAAACCCUACGAUGAAACCAAGGAAGGAGUACUUGUUUAGUUAUAGAAGUUAACCUCACUUCUGUUCGGUUAUAAACACUAUGCACAGGAUCAACACAAUUGUUGCCAGAAUCUGAAAAUACUAUUUUGCUCUGUUUUAUAGUGAACAAUGAAUGGCCAGCAUUACUGUCUCUACUGUGUCCAGCCUUGGGUGGGGGGGGGGGGGGGGGGGGGUUCUGUGUUGUCCUGCUGUAAAAGGCUAAGGAUACAGAGGUCAACCUCAGCACAUUUCACUGUACCUCCAGUUAUGACUAAUGUUGUGGGUGUUGUGCUCUGGGUGGGUCUGAGUAUGACUGGGGGGGGGUCUGUGUUGUCCCGCUGUAAAAGGCUAAGGAUACAGAGGUCAGGGGGGGGGUCUGAGUAUGACUGGGUGUGAAUCCAUGCUCACCUUGAUCACGCUGCUUCAUCUUUGAUGAUUUGGAGAUUUUUAACUUGAUUUGACAUUUUCCUUUUAAACGGGGUUAUAUUUUUAAAUAUUCUAGAGAAGUUCUAAAAGUCAUCGCUCACAAAAAAAUAUUUUUGAGUGUCUGACUGAAGUACAAUGAAUCUUGAUUGCCCUUUGACCUCAUCCUCCUUAUCUCUUAUAGCAUAUUGAUCCAUCUGCAUUCCCUGUUCCAUGUUCUCCCCCUCACAAUUUAUUCCCUGUUCCAUGUUCUCCCCCUCACAAUUUAUUCCCUGUUCCAUGUUCUCCCCCUCACAAUUUAUUCCCUGUUCCACAUGGUCAAAUGGCACCCUAUGGGCCCUGGUCAAAUGGCACCCUAUUCCCUAUGGGCCCUGGUCAAAUGGCACCCUAUUCUCUAUGGCCCCUGGUCAAA